CCUUAAUCGUCUUCCUUAGUUCUUUAGUAUUGGCCACAGGUUUUAAAUAUUGCCAGCGGGACAGAAUAUCUCUCAAGUGCACUGGCAUUUCAAUCACAUCUCUCACAGACACCGGGUCGAUCAACACCACCACCAUGUCUUAUUUUAGUACCAGUAUUAUGGAUCUACACCCUUUAAAAACCUUACCAACACCUGGAAAUGCCAUGGAUUCCAUAACAUUUCAAUCUUGCCUAAUAACUAGUGUUCCGGAGGGUACGUUUUCAAAAUUUCCCCAACUAACUGAACUAACUCUUCGUGUUAACAAAAUAGUGACGAUAUGGCCUGGAGCUUUCAACAAUGUACCAAAGCUCACCAAACUAGUCCUCGACCACAAUCCGCUUUCCUUCUUACCGGAUAAUGUCUUUGCGAACUUGACAUCUCUUGAUCAUUUGGAUUUGAGCAAUAACGAACUCACGACCUUGUCCCUGCAGAUGUUUACUGGAGCGAAUCUGAAACUUUCCACGCUUGAACUCCACGACAACAAAUUUGCCUUUGUGCAAGAUGAAUUGCUAGAUUCCAUAAGAAAGCUCACUAUUCAAAAUACACCGUUUGAAGGCGCUAUCAAAUCCAGAAGCCAUGUGAACAAGACUCUUGUGUGCAACGAUUUGACCAGCACGCUAAGAUCCUGGAAGGGCGGUUAUCUGUGCCAAUGCCCGAAAGGAGAGCAGCCGUACGUAACCCUCAGCACCACCAGCACACCGGGCGCAUCACAACCCGACACAGGCACCUGCAUGCCAGCUAGUGGCAGGUGCAAAGCAGCCACAGUGACCUUGUCCAACAUCUGCGAUCUCUAUCCAACAUUGAACGUCUCGACCGCCUAUGCGCGCCUCACUACUGCGACGCAAUAUCCAGAGAAAUACUUCUACGCCUGUAAAGGCGAGCGCCACCUCGUCAAGAACCCUUGCUAUGGCCAAGCUAUGGAUUAUGUACAGAAAACGUGUAAUCCACAAACAACGGCAUAUCUGUGUGUUUGCAAUGAAACAGACUUGUCUACAUUCUGCCAGAGUACCAUCAAGUCUUGUACCGAUCCUGGCACGCCGGAGAAUGGAACGCGGUCAUCUUUGCCACGCCUGGACUUUGGCACUGUAGCCAAUUUCAGCUGUAACACUGGGUAUACUCUCCGCGGCAACGUCUCCAUUACCUGCACUUCACAAGGAUGGUCGGCACCCGUACCGAACUGCGACUUAUGCGCUGACCUGGGAGCACCAGCCAACGGGUCACGUACACUGGAAGGUGGAGAUGUCAACGAAACGGUCACGUACACCUGCGACAAAGGGUUCACUUUGGUCGGAGAGCCGGAUGCCACGUGCACAAGACAAGGAAACUGGACGUCCAGCUUGCCGACAUGUAAAGUUGUUACAUGCGAAGACCCAGGAACCCCACGCAAUGGUUCGCGAAAAGUGGAUCGUACUGAGUACAACGGGACAGUCGUAUACAACUGUGAUGAAGGAUUUGCACUGGUUGGACAGGGUGUUGCAGUAUGUAUGGAAGAUGGGAACUGGACCUCCCUUACGCCAACGUGUGUAGGUGUGGUAUGUCCUAGUCCAGGUACACCCACCGAUGGCUCACAGGACCUGGAUGGUCUCGAAUAUCAGGACUCGGCGACGUACAGCUGCGACACGGGCUUCUCGCUGGUGGGCCAAACCACCGCUGUAUGCACACAGCAUGGAAACUGGUCCUCGCAAGUACCAACCUGCAAAGGUGUGGUAUGUCCUAGUCCAGGUACACCCACCGAUGGCUCACAGGACCUGGAUGGUCUCGAAUAUCAGGACUCGGCGACGUACAGCUGCGACACGGGCUUCUCGCUGGUGGGCCAAACCACCGCUGUAUGCACACAGCAUGGAAACUGGUCCUCGCAAGUACCAACCUGCAAAGGUGUGGUAUGUCCUAGUCCAGGUACACCCACCGAUGGCUCACAGGACCUGGAUGGUCUCGAAUAUCAGGACUCGGCGACGUACAGCUGCGACACGGGCUUCUCGCUGGUGGGCCAAACCACCGCUGUAUGCACACAGCAUGGAAACUGGUCCUCGCAAGUACCAACCUGCAAAGGAGUGGUAUGUAAGAAUCCAAGUAUGCUCACCAAUGGUACACGAACACUGGAAGGUCUGCAGUAUAACGAAACGGUGACUUACAGCUGUGACAAGGGAUUCUCGCUGGUGGGACAACCCACUGCUGUAUGCACGCAGCACGGUAAUUGGUCCUCCCAAGCACCGACAUGUAAAGUUGUUCCAUGCUUGAGUGAUCCUGGCACACCCCAGAACGGCCUGAAGCGACCUCACACGUCAGUCUACCUCAGCGUGGUCACAUACGCAUGCAGCAAAGACUACAAUUUGAUCGGUUCCAGCUCGCGAACAUGCAUGGAAGAUGGUGCUUGGUCUCCAAAGCUACCUAAAUGUGAAAUAAAAAAAUGCAUAGAUCUUGGGGUACCGCAGAACGGCAGGCGUGUACUCGAGGGACUGGCUAUUCGCAGCAAGGUGGCGCACUUCUGUGAUGUCGGCUACACGAUAAUCGGCUCGGCGUUCAGUACCUGCUAUGAGAAUCAAACCUGGUCUACACCACUACCGACUUGCAGAAUUGUUGAUUGCGCUGACCCUGGCACACCUGCUGAUGGCUCAAGAACUCUGACAAAUGGUUUCGUGUAUGACAGCUCUGUCAGGUAUCAUUGCAAGCCGGGUUUGAAGUUGACAGGAUCAGAGGUAGCAAGAUGCACUGAGAAUGGAAAGUGGACAUACGCAACACCACCAAAGUGCAAACCCAUAACAUGUGUAGACCCCGGUACACCCAUGAACGGUAGUCGCAUGCUGGAAGGACUGGCAUACAAUAACACAGUCACGUUCAGCUGCGGUACUGGCUUCAAUCUAACCGGUGCGGCAGUCCGGCGUUGCUCAGACACCGGAAAAUGGUCAUCAGCUCAGCCAACGUGUCAGGCCAUAACCUGUCCUGACCAGGUUGCACCAGGAAAUGGCUCCAGGAUGACCACUGGUCUGGCGUAUAAUGCCACUGUGAGGUAUUCAUGCGAUGCGGGUUUUGAUCUCAACGGCACAGUAGACGGUAUCUGUGCUGUAACUGGUCGAUGGUCGUCCCCCAGACCUAGAUGUGACAUUGUUUCCUGUCCAGAUCCUGGUAGUCCAGUGAAUGGUUCACGUACACUGAACAGCCUACACUACAACAGUGUUGCCGUGUACCGGUGUGAUAUUGGUUACCAUAUGUCAGGAUCCAUGACUAGCCAGUGCUUAGCCAAUAAAACAUGGUCUGCUGCUGUGCCAGCAUGCAAAAUCGUACAAUGCCCAGAUGCUGGCAUUCCUAAGCAUGGUUCAAGACAGCCACACACAUCCGUCUAUCAGAGUGUUGUCAGGUAUGAGUGUGGCGUAGGUUACAAUAUGUCUGGAUCUCUUACAAGAACUUGCACCGAGAAUGCCACAUGGACGCCAGCCAUACCAACAUGCAUCAAGAUCAAUUGCCCUACCCUCCGAGCACCUCAGAAUGGUGGCAUGAAAGUGAGUGGAAUUGAGACUGGAUCUACGGGCACCUUCACCUGCUCUGCAGGCUAUAACUUGAUCGGUGUCAGCAGUAUCCAGUGCAGCUCUACUGGACAAUGGUCGGGGUCGGUUCCUCAUUGCAAAAUUGUGCAAUGUCCUGAUCCUGGCACUCCAGCACACGGCACCAAGCAGCCACACACAUUGACGUACCAGAGCAGUGUACGCUAUGAUUGUGAUGCUGGAUACUAUUUAGUCGGCUCGUCGUCCCGCACUUGCACGCAGCACGGACAGUGGACCUCAACACUACCCACUUGUAAAACCCAACAUUGUCCUAACCCGGGCACCCCGGGAAAUGGCAUACAGCUUCUUCAAGGCCUCAGCUAUCUGAGCAUUGUUGCGUACAAAUGCAAUCUGGGGUAUAAUCUCAAUGGCUCGACCUUUAGAGUAUGUUCUGCAGACAAAACAUGGACUCCAGCUAUGCCCAUUUGUCAGAUUUCUGAAUGUUCUGACCCGGGAACACCAGAAAACGCCACCAGGCAGCUGGACGGCUUGUCUUAUGGAGAUCAAGUCCUCUACUCGUGUCUAUCCGGGUUCUCGUUGAAUGGCUCCGAGAGCAGGACGUGUACGGAGUACGGGAAUUGGUCUGCGUCUGCUCCGCAUUGUGAAGGUGCUUCAGUACUGGUGGGAGCGAGUGACUCAGAUUCCACAGCUGCCGUAGCGACCGGUGUAACGAUCAGCACAUUGUUGCUGGUGUUCAUGGCUAUUUUUCUGGGGUUUCACCAUUACCGUCCAGACAAGCUGCGCACAGCCAAAGGACAGAUUUCAAGCCUGGCAAGAACCACUGGGGCACACACCAAGCCAUCGAGGACUAAGCUAUCUCUGGCUGGCUCCACCUGUGACAUUUAUAUGACCGAGAGACGGGAAACGGCAGUUGAGAUCUUAUCUUCCUCUACCAGCACGGUGGAGGUGGACUGCAGCAGUAUUCAGCGCCAUUACAUGAACGAGAGGCAGGUCUCGGCCAUGAAGAACGGCAUCGUUAUGGACAAUACGAAUUACAGUAACACUCACAGCACUUUCGGAUCUGCAAACACCGGAGAGGACAAAGACGCCGCUGGGUACUUCAACAGAGAAAUGGUGCCCGAGGAGGACAUAUAUGGAAAUGAUGCAGACUCACGCAAGGAGGAGGAUGAUGCGGGCAACAGGCCAUAUGACGACAGCGAAGACAUAUAUGGUCAUGUUCCCGAUGAAGCCGAUGUGACCACAGUCACUAUAACACGAAACAAUAGUACAGCCACGGGAAGACCGAACUUUGGAAAGAAUCCCGAUGAAUACAAUGCGUUUUCCACUCCCGCACAAAAUGAGGACGAUUAUGAAGCACCGACCGAAAAACUGCGGUCUGCCAUCCGGUCCAGAAGUGGAUCGGUGUUACACCUUUCCACGUUACCAAAGUCUGGCAUGUGUCUUCAGAGAGCGCGGACUGAAAGUUCUGCCAGCGAAUUGCAAAUUUCUUCGACUAGCUCCGUCCACAAUGUCGCAGAGUUCUCUUCAUCAUCGGUCACCAAUGCGAGUUCUCGACGUAAUUCUUUCUCGCAAUUUAAUUCUCUGCCAGAUCCAAGAGGGGUGAGGACCAACACAUCUUCCUCUCGGGUAGAUCUUCCCCAACUGCCACAAGAUGUCAAGCGACCAGCAUCGCAGCAGAUUUCAUCUGGAAGCACUUCAGCGCGGGGUUCACUCAGUCUUGCCCAAGUUGCCUCGAUCAAUAGCGUUGGAGACGACUUGUACGGAAGCAUUACGGACACCAGGGAGGCUUUCUCUCGGCAGACCUCGGUGUUCCAUGUGCCAUUGUCCGCGGAUGUCUCACGCUCACCGACCGCACCGACAAACGAUCACUUCUUGCUCUCCAGGUACAGUUCCAGGGCGGCGUAUCGCGACUCUAACGGCCAGGACGAGGACGACUACACUCUGGACGUUGACAGCGCUGCCGUACGGAGUCGCGCUGCCGUUGCCGCCAGCCGCCGUGUGUCGGACUUGUCGGCAGCCAGUCGGCCGCAGCCCGCCCAAGCCAAACACCUGAUGGCGAUGCAUCGUCCGUAUACGGCGAUCUAGACACGCAUUCGUCGUUCACCGAUGUGUAUGAAACGCUGUGCACGCUACCAACAUAAUGAAGUUGAGGAUAUUUACGAGGCGUUUGACACUGCCCGUUAUAGGGUUGUGCCAAUAUUGGCGACAAAAAUUCAUGGAAAAGAACCGUGAAUUUGAUUGUCUAUUUGUUGAUAUGCAUGAGAUCGAUGAUGGUUUUUUUCGGAGCUGCUGGACAGUCUGGGAACGUAGGACCGUCGUCCACAAACUAACCCAGUCGACCCGGGACACAUCUGACAAAGCCAAGUCGAGUGUUCAUCCUUAGUUCUGCUCCUAGCAGUCGCACACUAUCAUCUAGGUGUGUGACUAUCAUGUAGAUUUGUGUGCGCGUGUGUGUGUGUGUGUGUGUGUGUGUGUGUGUGUGUGUGUGUGUGUGUGUGUGUGUGUGCGUGCGUGUGUGUACGUGCGUGCGUGUGUGUGCCUGGGUGUGUGUGUGUGUGUGCCUGGGUGUGUGUGUGUGUGUGUGUGUGUGUGUGUGUGUGUGCACGCAUGCACAUGUGUGUGCACAUGUGUGCGUGACUAUGUAUGUGUGCGGAUGCAUAUGUAUGUGUGUAUGUACAUAUCAAGCUAUUUGUGCAUGGGCAUGGGCUAAUAAACAGAGCAUUCUUCUUCUUGAACGCUACCUACUACAUUGAUUAGAAUUUUAUGCAUGUUCAGUCCAACUUAAAUGGCAAGACUGAAACUUGGUUCAUUGCAUAUUUUUAUUUUAUUUGAGAACAUAAAGCGGCUUGGCAUUAUUAGCAAGGUCAAUUUUUUCGAAAUGCUACACAGCCCAGCCAGCAACUAUCUCAUAUUGAUGACCACAUUGCUAUUUAUUUUUGGAUCUUUUUACGGUAUGAAUUGUGCACCUCGUUCACACAUAUGCCAUCAUUUCCUA